AUGUCAGGGGAAAUUCGUUUUUACCGGGAAAUUAUCCGUUUUUGCAGAAAUUUAUAUGAAAAAGCCGGAAAUUACAAUGCUAUUUUCAGAGCUGGUUGUUCCCAACUGAAUUUCCGAAAUUAUUACGAUGUUCCGCAGGAUUCCGUGGAACCGUCGCGAUUUUUGAUGGGGAUUGUUAAAUGGUUACCUUGGAAGAAGAAAAAGGACAAAGAACCUGUGAUGUUGAAAUCAGCUCAUCCCGAGCUUGGGGCUUCAUCUGUUUUUGAUUUAGAACAUGAAAAGGAGAAAAAGGAAGAUGUUCCAAAAAUUACUGAUCCAAGUGACUCAAGGUAUACUGAGGCAAAAAAGAAACAUACAGAGCAUCGAUAUUCUACAACGAAUUUUCAUAUCUCUCCACGUAAACUUAGCUUAUUAGCUAAUCAAAUUGCCGGUAAAUCUCUUAACGAGGCAAUUAAACAAAUGGAAUUUUCACCAAAGCAAGCAUCUAAAAAAAUCAUGAAUUCUUUAAUAACUGCUCGAUGUCAUGCUUGGAGAUAUAAAGCCAUGGAAGCUGACAAAUGUUAUAUUGAACAAGCUUGGGUAGGUAAAGGGAUCUAUCGGAAAAAACCAAAUUAUGGCGCGAGAGGUCGAUUUAGUUGGUUAAAGAUGAAAAAGGCGCACAUGAAAUAUGUCAUCAAAGAAAAGAAACACGUUGAAGAAGUAGAAGGAAUAGGCAGAAAACGUAAAUUAAAAGGAUUCAAUUAUGAAAAGAAGAAAGUUUGGAUGCCACUUAUUGAGGAUAAACCGAUAUAUAAUCCUACGCGAUUUUACAACUGGUAA